UUGAUUGUAUACACCUGUGUCCAUGGAGGGGAUUGGAACACCUAAAUCACAUGAUAUGGAGGGGAUUGGAACACCUGAAUCACAUGAUAUGGAGGGGAUUGGAACACCUGAAUCACAUGAUUGGGAGGGGAUUGGAAUACCUGAAUCACAUGAUAUGGAAGGGAUUGGAACACCUGAAUCACAUGAUUGGGAGGGGAUUGGAGCACCUGAAUCACAUGAUUGGGAGGGGAUUGGAACACCUGAAUCACAUGAUAUGGAGGGGAUUGGAACACCUGAAUCACAUGAUAUGGAGGGGAUUGGAACGCCUGAAUCACAUGAUAUGGAGGGGAUUGGAACACCCGAAUCACAUGAUAUGGAGGGCGGGGGCAAU